UGAAGAAUCAAUACAUGUGUAUAAACAAAUCGAGAAAAUGAAGAUGUUCCAACCAUAUUUGUGGAGGCGUUGCUCGAUCAGAUCUCCAGCACUUGGACGAAUGCUCAGCCGCUAUGCUAUGAAUGGUGGAGAUGGACCUCAUAGCUAUGCCCAAAACUCAUCCUAUCAGAAGGGAUUUGUGGAUGUGGCAAAACCUAUAAUUGAGGAAGAAAUUUCCAGAAAACUAGAUAUCAAACACCUUUCAUCCACUUUCAGGAUUGCGGAUUUUGGCUGCUCAACGGGGCACAAUUCUUGUGCAGCCAUGCAAAUUAUAACUGAAGCCAUCAGGCGGAGGUUUGAAAUAGAGGGAUUAAUUUCUCAAAUUCCGAAUUUUUACGUGUUCUUUAAUGAUAAAGUCACCAAUGAUUUCAACACUCUUUUCAAUUCACUUCCACGAGAAAGACUUUAUGGUGCUGCUGGAGUACCAGGUUCUUUUCAUGGCCGGCGGUUGCCGAAAGCUAUACUUGAUUUUGCUUAUUCCAGUUGUUCCCUUCACUGGCUCUCGGAGGUACCGAAGGCAGUGCUGGACAAUACGUCUCCUGCAUGGAACCAGGGGAAAAUUCACUAUGCGGGAGCAAGAAGAGAAGUGUGUGAAGAGUAUGUCAAUCAGUUUGCCAAGGAUAUGGAGUCAUUCUUGGAUUCUAGAGCAGAGGAGCUGGUGCCUGGAGGGCUAAUGGCCCUUCUUGUCCCUGCAGUCCCUGCUACCUGGGAUCCCAACUCGGCCUACACAAUGACCACCGAGAAUUAUCUUUUUGGUACAUGCUUCAUGGACAUGGCGAAAACGGACGAAAAUCACCAAAACAAAAGACUCUUAUUGCAGGGAAGAUUCAGCAAAGCGAAGGUAGACUCCUUCAACAUUCCGGUAUAUUUUCCCAUCCCACAACAAUUCAAGGCCAUAAUAGAGAGGAACGACAAAUACACAAUCGAAAGAAUGGAGGUCCUAGACAAUCCAGGGAAGCGCAACUUGAUCGGCCCAAAAGACCGUGCUGCAUACCUCAGAGCAGUCUCUGAGGAAAUGCUGAUAGAUCACUUUGGAAGCGAAAUAAUUGAAGAAUUGUUUGAUCGCUACACAAAGAAACUUGAAGCUUCACCGCUUUUCUCAGAUCCCGACUGUGACAAGUCAAUUAUAAUGUUUGUCCUCCUCCAGCGCAAACCAGAAUCAUAUUGUUCUGCUUCUUGAUUUACUAUGAUCAAAAGUAGAGAACGUAAUCCAUCCUGCUCAUGUGUAUCGUCACACUUGCUAUGUGAUUAAUUUAGUUCGACCAAAUUUGAUUUAAUUAAGAAUGUUCCCAUUUAAUGUUGUUUGUAUAGAUGAGUGAUCCUUCUAUAA